AUGUCCGACAGCGAUGAACGACCAUCAAAAAUCCGCAAAGUCGGUCCUUUCAACGAAACCUCAGCUACUGGCGAUAUGAAUGCCCCCAAUUCCAAUUCCAACGAGACAACGACAGAGUCUAAAACUCCCACCACCAUCCUCGAUACCCCCACCAAUCCCGACUCCAACACCCCCCAAUCCACCACCAUCAACGGGCAAAAGCAACCCAACCCCUUCUCCAAAGCCCAAAUCAAGAAGCGUCGAAAGCAAGAACAAUGGGAAGCCAACAAACCGCAACGCGCCGAAUUCCGACGAACCAAACGCAAAGAAAAGCAAGCACGCAAAGCCGCUGCGCAUGCAUCCGGGCUCCUACCACCACCACCUCCCUCUUCAUCUCGACGUCCUAUCCAAGUGCCCGUCUCUUUCCUCAUCGAUUGUGAUUUUGAAUCCUACAUGAUGGAAAAAGAACUCAUAUCGAUGACGGCGCAAGUAACGCGAUGCUAUAGUGAUAAUCGGUCUGCGGUUUACAGGGGACAUAUGGGAAUAGCGAAGUGGGGAGGAAAGAUGAAGGAGAGGUUUGAGGGGGUGUUGGCAGGGAACUUUCAUAGUUGGAAGGGGGUGAGGUUUUUGGAGGAGGGGUGGGUGGAGGCUGCGGGGAUCUUGGAUGGGAUUAUGAGGGGAGCUGAGGGGGGAAAGUUAAUGGGGGCUUUGGCUACGCAAAAUGGACUUGAGGAAUGGAAGAAGCCGACUAGAGAGUCAAAGAAGGUAGAAGAAUCAACGGCAGAACCAAAUGAAUUAGCGCAGCCGGAAACCCAAGAAGAUCAAGAACCAUCAGAAUCCAUUACCGCACCCUCAGAAACCCCAGAACCAUCAGAACCCAAUCCCUCCGCCCCCUCACCCACCACCGUUCCUACCCCCACCCCCACCCCCAAAAUAAUCUACCUCACCUCCGACUCUGAACACACCCUCAGCACCCUCACCCCCAACACAACCUACAUAAUCGGCGGCAUCGUCGACAAAAACCGACACAAAGGACUCUGCUACCGCCGCGCCUGCGAAGCCGGUAUCCCCACCGCCAAACUACCCAUUGGAGAGUACCUCACUAUGCAGAGUCGGACUGUGUUGACCGUGAAUCACGUUAUGGAGAUAAUGAUCCGGUGGUUAGAGACCGGGGAUUGGGGCGAGGCAUUCUUGAAGGUGAUUCCCAAGCGGAAAGAGGCGAAGUUGAAGCGGGAGGGGAAAGAGGGUGAAGAAGAAGCUGGCGAGGGGGGAGAAAAUGAUGGGGAGAAUGAAGAUGAAGGGGAGGAAGGUGAUGAGCAAAAUGAGAGUGAGAAUGAGAAUGAGAAUGAAAAGAGUGGAGACGAGAGUGAAGAUGGCGAGGAAGGUGGAGUUUCUCUUGAAGCUGAAAAACAGGCAGAGGAGCUAGCAAAGUGCAGGAAAUGA